AUGUCUGCUCAUGACUAUCGAGUGAAAAAACCAUUUGACAUGCCAAAGAGUAACGAGACCCAAAAGUCCACCGCAAAGAAAUUAAAGAACAAGGAAAAUCGAGUCUAUUGUCAUUGCCGAUGCAGGUACAAGGCGAGCUGCGCAGUCGCUCAUAUUGUACCCUGCGCUAGAGAUAGAAGGCUGAAGACUCGCAGGAAAAUUCGUUUCCAUGAUGCAUGUUAUCGCCAACUGAAAUAG